UUCAACUUAAAUUACAAAUAUUGUAUGAUUUUUAAUUACGUUGAACAAAAUACAAUUUCUAACCACAAUUAUAAAACAAACUUCAAAACACAAAAAUUAAAACAACAUUUGGGAUAAUGCAGCCCCAAUAAGCAUAAACAACAUUUGGGAUAAUGCAGGCCCAAUAAUCCGUAUUAAAGGCAACAAAAAAGAUACAAAAAAAUAUACUUUUCUAAUUCGGAGUUGCCAACUCCGAAAUGAGCUAAAUACGAAUUUGGCAGCUUCCAUUUUCGAGGUUGGGAACUCCGAAAAUAAGUUUACUGCUGACAACCUGAUUUCGGACCUGCCAACUCCGUUUUGCACUAUCUCAGGAAACCCCAAGAAAAAUUGCACUUUUUGGAAUGAAAGGUAAGAAAUCUGUUCUGUUUCGUCAAACACCCGCCGAGUUGAGUGGAACGGGGAGAAGGGAGAACUGACAGAUUCCGCCAGAGGAUUUCCGCCGCCGUUGCCCUGGCUUGCCAGGACGGAAAACUCGUCGUCGUGUAGAAUGCCGUGGGUCCUGAAACGGCAUUACACGGAAGACGGGAGACUCGUCAUCACCGGCGUGAAAUCCGACCGCCACGAGUACUUGGAGGCCUACCGCUCCGGAAAUCGCCUCCGUCUACGCCUCGUGCCGCUCAGUGUCCCCCUCGUUGGCGACGAAUCGCCGCAUGAAUGCGCGGAGGAGGGGCAGGGGGGAUCGCACGGCGGCGAUGGAUGUGAUCGGGCGGCGGAUGCGGCGUUACAGGAUCGAUCUGGAAUUAUGAAUGGUGCCGGAAAUCUAAUGACCGACGCAUCCUGCGGCGGCGGCGGCGGUGGGGGAAAUAAGAAGUGUUCGAAUUCGUUGAUUAUUGGCGUGGGGGUGACAGCUAUUGCUCCCAUAGUUCACAUAUGACGACUAAAUUACGUAAUUAAUCAUUUUUUUGUUUUAUACUCCGUAUUUGUCAUUCUUUAGAAAGAACGAGAAGAUAUACACGAUUACCUUGGCUGAAUUUUAUAAAUUGUUGAAUCUUUC